AUGGUUCCAACUGCGAAGGCGAAGAUCUUCUGGUGCGACGACCAUGUCGGCGGCGAGAAGCGCUCACACUAUCGUACGCCCGCGCGGUCGUCGAGGAGGGAAGGGGACGACGACGACGACGACGACUACGACUGCGCGCCGGCUGCGUAG